UUUCUAAAGCAAAGCAGAAUCUCUUAGGAAAGAUGGUACUGGAAGCUCUGAAUCCAAUGCACUACAACAUCACCAGCCUAGUACCUGACACGAUGCCAGUGGCCACAGUGCCCAUACUCAUUUUCAUGUGCUUUCUGCUUCUAAUAUGGAAUCAUGAAGAAACUUCAUCAAUACCAGGGCCAGGAUACUGCAUGGGAAUCGGUCCCCUCAUUUCACAUGGCAGAUUUCUCUGGAUGGGAGUAGGUAACGCCUGCAACUACUACAAUAAGACAUACGGAGAAUUUGUGAGAGUUUGGAUCAGCGGUGAAGAAACAUUUAUAAUUAGCAAAUCCUCAAGCGUGUUCCAUGUAAUGAAACAUUGGCAUUAUGCUUCUCGAUUUGGGAGCAAGUUUGGAUUACAGUGCAUUGGCAUGUAUGAAAAUGGGAUCAUAUUUAAUAACAAUCCAGCACACUGGAAAGAAAUUCGACCAUUUUUCACCAAAGCUCUGUCUGGUCCUGGCCUUGUGCGUAUGAUAGCAAUCUGUGUUGAAUCCACAGUUGAUCACCUGGACAAACUAGAGGAAGUAACCACUGAAGUAGGAAACAUCAAUGUGUUGAAUCUUAUGAGGCUGAUCAUGCUUGACACAUCUAACAAGCUUUUUCUCGGGAUACCUUUGGACGAACAUGCCAUUGUACUUAAGAUUCAGAAUUACUUUGAUGCUUGGCAAGCACUUUUAUUAAAGCCCGACAUCUUUUUUAAGAUUUCUUGGCUGUGCAAGAAAUAUGAAGAGGCGGCCAAGGAUCUGAAAGGAGCAAUGGAAAACUUAAUAGAACAGAAACGACAAAAGCUUUCCACUGUUGAAAAGUUGGAUGAACACAUGGAUUUUGCAUCCCAGCUGAUUUUUGCACAGAACAGAGGGGAUCUGACUGCCGAGAAUGUGAACCAGUGUGUGCUGGAGAUGAUGAUUGCUGCUCCUGACACUCUAUCUGUGACUCUCUUCUUUAUGCUAAUACUGAUUGCAGAGCACCCCACAGUGGAAGAGGAGAUGAUGAGAGAAAUUGAAACUAUUAUGGGUGACAGAGACAUACAGAAUGAUGACAUGCCGAACUUAAAAAUCGUGGAGAAUUUUAUUUAUGAGAGCAUGAGAUACCAGCCAGUUGUGGACUUGAUCAUGCGAAAAGCUUUACAAGAUGAUGUAAUUGAUGGUUAUCCUGUGAAAAAGGGGACAAACAUUAUUCUCAAUAUUGGACGUAUGCAUAAGCUUGAAUUCUUCCCAAAGCCAAAUGAGUUUUCUCUUGAAAAUUUUGAGAAAAAUGUUCCUUCACGCUAUUUCCAACCAUUUGGAUUCGGCCCUCGGGGCUGUGUAGGAAAGUUUAUUGCCAUGGUAAUGAUGAAAGCAAUUCUGGUGACCCUUCUGAGACGCUACAGAGUACAGACAACAAACGGAAGAGGCCUUAACAACAUCCAGAAAAACAAUGACUUGUCCAUGCACCCAAUAGAAAGGCAGCCUCUGCUGGAGAUGGUAUUCACACCAAGAAACACAAACAAGAAUCAGGGUGACUAAAAUGGAUCAGCAUCAGCAUUAAAGUUACAGGGCUUUCUCAGCCACAGCCACUAAGAAAUACCCGUCAUUCC